AUGGGGAAAAUCCCCCGCUUGCUAAUGGGGUGGUACGAGCUCGACAGGCUGCUCGGCAAGGGCAGCUUCGCCAAGGUGUACCACGCGCGUAACGUAGGCACCGGGGAUGAGGUGGCCAUCAAGAUCAUGGACAAAGAUCACCUGUCCAAGUUAGGCGCCGUGCAGCAUCAAAUCAUGCGCGAGAUCGAUAUCAUGCGCCGGCACCUCAACGCCCACCUGGUCCACCGCGCCGGCCGCGGCAUCAGCGAGGCCUCAGCCCGCCGCGUCUUCCAGCAGCUCGUGUCCGUGCUCGACUACUGCCACUCGCUCGGCGUGUACCACCGCGACAUCAAGCCCGACAACAUCCUCGUCGACGCCACGGGCAACAUCAAGGUCGCUGAUUUCGGGCUCUCGGCCCUAGCCGGCACGGCGCAGCGGGAGGCGCUGCUCCACACCGUAUGCGGGACGCCCAUGUUCAUUGCGCCCGAGGUGUUCCUGCGCUGCGGCUACGAUGGCGCCAAGGCCGACGUCUGGGCCUGCGGCAUCGUCCUCUUCGCGCUCGUGGCAGGCCACUACCCCUUCAAGCACAAGGACACCACCGGCUUGUACCACAUGAUCCGCCGCUGCGACUACCACUGCCCGCCGUGGUUCAGUACCGGCCUCGUCGCCCUUGUCCACCGCAUCCUCUGCCCCGACCCGGCGUGCCGUAUCGCCAUACCGCAAAUGAAGGAAAAUCUUUGGUUCAAGAAAGACUUCAAGGAGAUCCCACAGAGCCUCACCGAGCCUGAGCUGCGUGACUCUGACUCCGAUUCUGACGACGAGUCAACGGCGUCAUCUACAUCGUCAUCUACAUUGUCGGGGGAUCCGGCCUCGCCGAUGGCGUGCCCCAUGCAUACCUCGGUGUCGGCGCCGUCGCUGACCACGCUCGAGAGUACGGGUAGCGCCGCAGUCCAAGCCCAGCCACACAUGCGCCGCCCCAAGAGUCUGAACGCGUUUGACAUCAUCGCGUCCUCGCCGAGCCUCGACCUGUCCGGGUUGUUCCAGGACCCGAGCGAGCAGAUGCGGUUCGUGUCCGCCGCACCCGUGUCCAAGAUCUCCAAGCUGGAGGAAAUCGCUGGGCACGUCUGUAAUACCCAAAAAAAAAAAAGAAAGAUAGGGAAGGGGAGGCCUGCUAAAGGCCCAGCCAGCCAGCCCCUCCUUCACUCACGCCCCCUCCUUCCUCCUGACCGACCCUCCCCUCUUCCUCACGUUCUUCCCCUCUCCCUCCUCCUCCCAUGGCUGCCUACCUUUGAAUCCAAGCUCUGCAGCGCCAAACCCUUGGGGGAUCCAGCAAAACGGAUCGGGGAUGUCAAGAGGAGCAAGAAGAGGGUUGAGGCUGAUAGUAUAUUGCACAUGUGGCACAUACUUGGGCUAACACGUGCGGACCAAAUGAAGUUUUGGGUUAUGAGUAAGCAUCCUUGGGUUGCGUGGCACCUGGGGUGCUACAACGUCAGCUUCACGGCGCGCACCAAGGAGUACCAGGUGAGCAUCGAGGAGACGAGGAACGGGAACCAGGGCGUGCUCCUUAUCUCUGCCAAGAUCUUCGAACUCACGCCUGAGCUCGUCAUGGUGAAGGUUUGCAAGAAGGCUGGCGACACCACUCAGUACCGGCAGUUCUGCAACAAUGAGCCCAAGCCCGGCCUGCGUGGCCUCGUCGACGGACUGCCAGAGGACACCGGCGACUGCAUGGCUUCCAUCUCUGGAUGA